AUCAUCAAAAAUUCAAUACUCAGCAAAGUUUAACUCCAUCAAAAUUUAUUUCUCAACGACUUUCGUAGAACCAAAUCGAAACGCCAUAAAUCUACACUUUUGUUGUCUCCAGACCUACUUUCCAGAUCACAAUAAAUGCAUUAUAAGUGAGUGGCUGGCUUCUCCAAUAAAUAUCAACAUAUCCCAUGCACUACAUCUGCCAAUCUUUCUCUGCUCCUCAGCUCUGCCAUUUCAGAGAACAAGAUAACUAAGACAUGGCCUCUAGUGUUUCGUCCGAUCGUGACGUUAAUCAGGUGGUGUUUGAAGCUACGUCUUGCGUGCGCAAAGUCAUUCUAAAUAGACCAAGACAAUUGAAUUGUUUGACUUUCGAGAUGAUUUCUCAAUUGUUACGAACUUUCAAAGAGUAUGAACAAGAUCCACAAGUUAAACUUGUAAUAGUAAAGGGAAAAGGAAAAGCAUUUUGUGCUGGAGGAGACGUUGUUCGAGUGAUACAAUCACUGCUAAGAGGUGACUACCGUUCUGUUCUGGACUUUUACAGAACGCAGCUAACAUUGGAUUAUUUGGUGGCAACAUACCAAAAACCAGUGGUUAUCCUCAUCAAUGGAGCCGUUAUGGGAGGAGGUGCUGGACUAUCCAUGAACGCAAAAUUCCGAAUCGUCACCGAAAAUACGGUGUUUGCCAUGCCAGAAGCAUCAUUUGGACAUCAUCCGGAUGUAGGAGCAUCUUAUUUUCUUUCAAGAUUACCUGGCCAUUUUGGAGAAUACUUGGGACUAACAGGGGCAAAAAUAAAUGGGUCAGAAAUGCUUGCCUGUGGCCUUGCAACUCAUUUUGUUUACUCAAAGGAUAUAGAGUCAAUGGAAGAUGCAUUAUGUCAAGCAUUCUCAUCAAACAAAUCAUUAGAGUUUGCUCAUGAGUCGGACGUUUCAAGAAUCAUAAAAGAGUUCGUUCAUAAUCCAGUGUUGAAAGAAGGAAGUAGUUUGAAAAGACUUGAAGUUAUCAAUCAUUGCUUUGGCAAGGACACAGUUGAAGAUAUACUAUCUGCACUUGAAAAAGAAGCAACAAGAAUGGAUGACAAGUGGAUCACUAAUGCAAUAAAGUCUAUGAAGUUUGCCUCACCAACAAGCCUUAAGAUUUCUCUACGAUCUAUUAGAGAAGGACGGAAGCAAUCACUUCGACAGUGUUUGUCUCGUGAAUUUAAUAUUAGUAGUCGCAUCGUACUAAGAUCAUUCAAUUACAACGAUUUCUAUGAGGGUGGUAAAGCAAUCUUUUUUGACAAAGGCAAAAACUUUAAGUGGGAACCAUCAAAGUUGGAGCAAGUACAAGAUGCGACUGUAAUGCAGUUUUCUGAAGUGGUCCACGAUGAUCGCUGGGGCUACUUGGAAAUUCCAGAUAGAUCACACUUGAAAAGCUCCAAACUUUGAUUUUAUAUACUUACUGAAAGAAAGAACUUUUACACAUACAUAGAAUGCUAAAAAAUCAAAAUGUACGAUCUCUAUUUGUUCUUUUACGAUCUACUGCAACUCAUAUACUAUAAUUGCUCUUUGAAAGCAUUUAUGACAUGAAAAUUUGUUUGACAGCGAUA